AUGGCGUCCGAAAAUGAGAGGACGGCCGACCAAGCCUCGCCUCGUAAAAGACCGACUAUCGCGUCGCAGAACCGCGUAUCGAAACAUACUUCGGCUGGACGCAAAAUAGAUCAGCUCUGCCUCCCGAACAAGGCACUCGUAUCAGAGGAUUUCAUUACUGAUACCCCAACAAAUCUAUCAUUGGAAACAACGCCAACCAGUCAGGAAGCUGGGGCGGGGAUGCAGCAAACAGAGCGUCAGUCAACACUGGCGGGCCAUGUCGAGAUAUCUCCGACCAUGACAGCUGACUGCUCUGAUACCCAUACCAACGAUGCCCAGAGCUGGGAGCAUUGGGAUGAUAUUGUCGCUUUUGCUCCAGGACAGGAUGAUUCUGCGGUAACCACGUUCAUUUACAACAUGCUGCCGAAAUGCAAGCAGUGGGUUAUCAAACGAAGAAAAUUCCCCAGAAAAAAUCCGUACGACGACGCAGAACUCUGCGCAUAUUAUAUUGAUCUCAAAUCGUUCGUUGCGUAUCUCGACACAAUUCAGACGGAGCAGAUCCAGGACUAUAUCGUCGACGAUGGAAACGAGGACGACAACAGUCACAUCGUGGGCAAUUCAAGCCAAGCGGGAGAACUGCCUAAAAUUUCGUAUCCGCCCCGGGAUCACCCCAUCUAUGGCGUUGGCGGCAUUAUGUACGGCGUGCUGGCUGGGAAGCCAUCAUCGGGCGCCAGAUUCCGCUACACGAUUGAUCCUCGCCUUGCGAAGAAAAACGCCCAAAUUGUCGGACAUAAUGGCCUUGUUCCUGGCGAUUGGUUUCCGAAACAACUGGUUGCUCUAUUCAAAGGCGCGCAUGGAGCGAGCCAGGGCGGCAUCGCGGGCUCCAAGGGCCAGGGUGCCGUAUCUAUCAUUGUCGGCUCAGCGGCGUACGAAAGCGUUGACAAGGAUUGUGGAAAUGUCAUCUACUAUUCGGGCGCACAAAAGUUAGGGGCGCGGUUGCCUGGCGACAAAUCGGAUUCGGCUUCGACGAAGUUGCUUCUGGAAUCUUUCAGCAAAGGAAACCUUGUCAGGGUUAUCCGCAAAAAGAACCAUAUAUCGCAACAUGCACCGGCUGAGGGUCUUCGGUACGAUGGCUUAUACCGCAUCACCACAUGGGUUGAGAGGUUCGAAAUCACUACGGGCCGCCAUCGGGUUUUGCUGUUUACGCUUGUGAGAGACCCAGGCCAACUUAGUCUUGAUGAUGCCAAAGCAAGGGCCCCGUCAGCUACUGAACAGCGACGGAUUGUGGAAGCAGUGGAGAAGGGGUACUGA